GUGCCAAGGCGAGAGCAGACCAGCAAAGGUCAAAGUAGUAGGCGGGUGCAAGAGAGAUAGACAUAUAGACAGAGAGAGAGAGAGAGAGAGAGAGAAAGAGAGAGAGUGAGCGCACAUCUAACCCCCAAAUGUUAACACUGAAAAGAGAGAGGAAGGGAGAGAGAGAGAGAGAGAGAGAUCCGCCCCUGUUGAUGAUCCUUGAUAUGUUAAUGAUGAAGAUCCUUGCUGCCUGGCUGACUGACUGGGCAAGGGGUCAUUUGCUUGCCUCAAACUUGGUCAGCGCGGCGGUAAAAAUAUUUAUACAACUAGCCCAAAGGGUGGCUUCAGCAGCUCGUGCCACACACGAGACUCUGUGGCAAUGGCAGUGGCAACGGCAGCGGCAGCAGUUGCGGCUCAGCACUCGAGUCGUCCAGUCAAGCGCCAACCAUGAGUCGCUACUACUCAUCGGAGGAGGACAACUGCUCCUCGCAGUAUCUCGGCAGUCCCAACUAUAAUCUAACGCAGAAUUUCAACCAGCUCAGCUAUCUAACUCCCGAUUGGCAGUUCCUGGAGCAACAUCAACAACACCAACAACAACAACAACAACAGCAGCAGCAACAGCAGCUGACGUCGAUCCCCAACUAUGAUGAUUCCCUUGCCAUGCCGGCGAGCGUCGCGUGGAGCGUGGAGAGUGAGCAGCCAGUGAAGAAGCGCAAGCUGGAGUCACGUCGCUUAUCCGAUUCCACUGGCUUGAUCCUCAGUCCCACCGUGCAGAAGCGCCGCAGGCAGGCGGCCAAUGCACGCGAGCGCAAGCGCAUGAAUGGCUUGAACGAGGCCUUCGAUCGACUGCGUGAGGUGGUGCCAGCGCCCUCGAUCGAUCAGAAGCUAUCCAAAUUCGAGACACUACAAAUGGCUCAAUCGUACAUCUUGGCCCUAUGCGAUCUGUUGGACAACAAUGGCGAGGAUGUGGAUGCUGCGGACUACACGAUCUUUGGCGGCAGUGAAAGCAGCUUCGAGCUGGCAUCUCCACAUUGAUGCUCGACUUAUAUUUCUAGACUCUAAGAUUUAAGGUUUGUGAUUUCUC